AGUGUCAGCAAUGGCGACUGGAUGUUGGACGUAGAAGGCGUUGCUCUGCGGAAAAAGUUAAUUCUUUCUCGUUAAACAUCCCUUAUUUAACGUCUAAAUGACUGGGUGGCACACCUGGUAACAACAUGAGCAAACCAUGUGGCGGUAGCAGUAGUGGCAGUGGGGGUUGCCAAGGUGGGGGGGUACGCACCAGGACAUAUCCCUCAGUGAGCUCAAUGGAGCGUGGUGGAGGAGGCGUCACAGGCAGUGGUAGCAGUUCCGCCUCCGGAUUCCCUCGGAUGUCCCUCAGAUCUCUCUUGCUCAACAGUCCUUUCUCCAUCCGCACAAGAUCCAAAAGGGUCCGCACUCCAACCUCCUCUCAUAAAUUGACCAUAGAUCCAGAACGAGAUGCAGAUUCUUUGGGAGUCUUCACAGAGGGAACUGGGGAAACCACAAGCUGGAGUUCUAUCAAGCGGCAUACAACCACUAGUAACCGGAGUCGCAUUGGAAGUCGAAGAGGUUCCGUGGGAUCCCGGGGAACAGCAAGGGCAGAAUCAUGCUCAUCAGAACCAGGAGCUACAGCAAGCAGCAGUGGCAAUGUCUCAGGGGGUGCAGGAGCUGGUGCAGGUGCAGGGAGUACCUCUGUAGAAGGUUCAUCAGAGGGGGUGCGACGUGAAUGCUCCUUGUGUCUUCAGGAGGUGUCGGCUGAUCUCUUCCCAACCCUUUUUUCAUGCCCACACUCUGCUUGUCUUCCCUGUUUAAAACAGUAUUUGAAAGUAGAGAUUACGGAAUCAAGAGUAAACAUUAGCUGUCCGCAGUGCAACGAACUCAUGCAUCCCACAGAUAUUCAUCAGAUCGUUGCAAAUGACAUGCUAUCAGACAAGUUUGAAGACUUCAUGUUACGCCGGGUGCUAUCCAUGGACCCAGACACACGGUGGUGUCCUGCCCCAGAUUGUGGGUUUGCAGUAAUUGCAACAGGAUGUGCUGGAUGUCCAAAACUGAAAUGCGAGCGUCCUGGCUGUGGAAGCUAUUUUUGCUAUCACUGUAAGGCUGAAUGGCACCCUAACCAGACCUGUGAUAUGGCUCGAGCUCAACGUUCACCCAAUGUUCUCCUCUCAUCAUUCAAUUACCUUCAUGACAUUCAGACAAAUGAUGAUGUCAAAUCAUGCCCGAGAUGCCAAGUGUUAAUUAUGAAGAUGGAUGAUGGUUCUUGUAACCACAUAACAUGCAGUGUGUGCGGUGCAGAAUUCUGCUGGCUGUGCAUGAAAGAAAUUUCUGACUUGCAUUAUCUAAGCCCAUCAGGGUGUACCUUCUGGGGCAAGAAACCAUGGACAAGGAAGAAAAAGAUCUUGUGGCAACUUGGAACACUAAUCGGGGCUCCACUUGGCAUAGGGCUUGUUGCAGGCCUAGCUGUCCCUGCUAUGAUUAUUGGGAUUCCCAUAUGGGUUGGACGCAAGCUGCACGCGCGAUACUCCAAUGGUAGCAGGCAUCGUCGAAAUUUGGCUGUAGUUGGUGGUGUGACUGCUUCAGCUGUAAUAUCACCAGUGCUCGCAGGAUUAGCAGUAAGCAUAGGUGUGCCAAUUUUAUUGGCAUAUGUGUAUGGUGUUGUCCCAAUAUCUUUGUGCCGUUCAGGAGGUUGUGGAGUUACAACUUCAGCCUCUGGUGUAAGAAUUGCUUUUGAUGAUGAAAAUGACAUGGUAUUUGGACUACCUGGAAGACAAUCAGAAUCAAGCCAUGUGGGAGGUGGAACAGCCAGCAUUGGGGAGAUGUCUUGUGGGGCAUCACUCUCUGCGGAUUCUGCUGCACAUGUCUUGGCAGAAAGUGACCGCGAGUCUGCCAGCAACACAGCCAUUGCCCCAGCAUCCUUGACAGGCUCUAUAGCUUCCUCAUGCAUCUCUAGAACAAACAGAUUGGAAGUUCAUGUAGAUAUUGCACAUGGUGCUCGUUCAAUUGCCAGUGGGGAAACUGCUUCAUUAGCAAUAUCAGAGAGAUCAACCCACACAAUGGACACAGACAAUGCAUCAACUCGGGCUUUAACUGGUUCUCUUUUGCAGUACAAGGUAUCAGAGAGUGAGGCUGAGGAAGAAGCAGGUGCAGGAGGGGACAGUGCCAGUAGAGUAUUAGAGGAAGGGGUUGGUGUAAAUCCGCAUAUUACCAGCCUGUACAUCCACUCCAUUCCACCCUCGGCGAGUGAUAACAACUCAGCUGUCUUGACCCAUGAUACCGGUAGUGACCAAGGUGCCACUGACUUACGACUAGAUAGUGUAAGUGCAAUAAUCACUGCCAGACAGUUUGCUCGGCGCCACAGUUCCUCAAGCAAGGGAGUGACCUUUCUAGGAGACAGCUGCGAGGCCAGUGACCACGUUGCUCUCACUUUGGAUGAUGAUGAUGAGCAUGAGAAUGGGUCAGACAGUCUCUUUGGUAAUGAGGAGAUUCCUGGAAAUUGUCCAAAUAUCACUCCAAUGGUGGAUCUGCAAAAUGAAAGUGAGAGGGCAGUUACACACAAAAACCCUGGUGCAAGGUUAUUGCAUAAAAAUGUUUUGUUCAGCAAUAGCACCUCUACCUUGCCAUUAGUCCAUGAGAGCCAGAGAAAAAAGAAGAGCAAAGGAGAGAGCAGCAAGCGUCGAGCAUCCAGUGCAGAAGGCAAAGUGCGGAAUUCCAGUAAACCAGUGCGAUGCGAGUCCUUCCCCAAGCUGGAGAGCCAGUGAGUCUGUGAUAAUCGCAUCUUCCUUUAUAUUCACUGAUGGGUAAGAUAAGGACAUUAAAAAUCUUCAGUGUGAUAUCCCAAUUGGGAAGCUUUACAUUUAGUAUGUUUAAGCACAAAGAAAAUAUAUUGAAACUAGUUUAUUGUAUUUGGAGACGCAACAGGUCUGCAUUAUUUUAAUUGACAUUUUGGGUACCAACACUUGGUUCAUAAAAUCUCUGCAGGAGGUGGAGUUAUAUAUUAGUAAAGCAUGGUCAUUUUUUCUAUGUUGUUAAUAUUUUGGUCAAAUUAGUUAUAUUGAAAGAAAUUGGCAUUUUCUUCCAAAUAUGUUCAUGAGAAAAUUAUGGAUCUUUUAAGAUAGGAAAUAAAAUUCUGGGAUGUUUCUCCCUUUCUCCUUCUCCCUCCUUCAUCCCUUUCUCCUCUUUCCUCUUUCUUUGUUCCUCUCUCCUCUCUUCCCUCUGCUUUGUUCCUUCUCCCUUGUCUCCAUCCCCCUCAUUUUCUUUUGCUUCAUUACACUAACUUUGUCUCUGGUAAGUUUCCUUUUGUAAUUAUAAGGAUGAAAUUCUUUUUGUGUUCCAAGGAGCUUUCUGUGAUGAAAAAAGUAUUUACUUACAUAGAAAUCAUGUCCGUUUGAAUGAGGAUGAUUACAAUAUUAUAAAUGUUGUUUAGUAUAUAUUGACUAUCCUUUAUUUUGUAUCCCCUUUUCUUCAUCAUGGGUUUUAAUUAAGGUGCAUAUUUUGAAUAAGAUGGUGAUGAGUACAGUUUCCUUGAACUUCUAUUUAACAACUCCGUGUCAGUAUAACUAAGUGUAGUGUGAGUAGCAUUCCAGAAUUUGGCCAUGCUUUACUCCAAUAAAACAUUCCAGCCUCAGUGUUAUUGUGGAUGUAGAUACUGUACAGUUUAUUAAUAGCGCUGGCAAAUAUUUGUACCUUUCUAGUCGUUGCAGAAUCAUGAAGCUGUGGACUUUGUGUUUAUACCGUAGUGUAAUGAUAGACAGUGGAUGUUGCAAGUGUACUUUGUUAGCACUUGAUUCAUGGAAUUUUCUUAGAUGUGUUUGAAUAUGAGGUUUUGUGAUUAAAGUGGAAAAUGCUUCAAAAUUAUUACUCCUUAUAGGCACAAGGAAACUGUCCAUAGCAUUACAGUGGAUCAUUUAACUUUUAUAAAUGUUUUUGUAAAGCAAAAUGCCUUGCUUUUUAAAGUUUGGAAGUAAGCAUAUGGGUAUACUGAUGUGAGUUGCAGCUGCUUUCCAUCUAAUUAGUUGCAACAAUAAUUACUCCUCUGAUGUGCAUUAUCUGCAUGGAAGUGCCACACGACUUACAACUGCAUUCACUCUUUACAGAAGAGAAAGGGUGUUUUAUGCAGGUAAAGAAACAAACACAGAGUUGGUGUCUGUUAUUUUUUUUUUCUUUUUAUCUAUAAUAUGAAUAAAUGUAUAAUAUAUGUAUAUUAACAUAAUGAACAACAUUCAUAGUAUAAAUUAAA